AUGAGGAAACAAGCCGAGAGAGGUGAAAUCACUUGCCUAUGACCAUACAGCCAGUAAAUGAAAAGCCAGAGGCCUCUGAUGUAACUAGGGCUAGAAAGCUGCAAGAUUGGCUUUUGUCCUAAACCAUUUGUAGCUAUGGACUUACCAGAUGAGAGCCAAUGGGAUGAAACCACCUGCAAGUUGGCCAUUUGUCAGCAUCCACAAUGCUGGGCCACGAUCCGCCGUAUUGAGAGGGGCCACCCUCGAAUCCUGGGCUCCCCCUGUAAAACAACUCCAAAUGACGAAGACAAACUCCCCGUGCUCACCAUUGUAAACAUGGCAGAUUCCUGCAUCUGGGCCAAGAGACAUGCUCAUCAUCAUUUAUCAGGACUUACCUUCACCAAACCUCCCUCUUUACUGUGUCCAGGUUCAAAGCUUGACUCCAAAUUCCGAGGCAGGCCUCGGGAAGAUUUACCUGACAAAGAUUUAAUCGACCAUCCUGAUAGAUCUCCUAAAGUAAAUCACAGAUUAAAAAAGCUUUCAGUGCUGAAUUUGAAUGAGACAGAACUUCCCAGCCCUCAAGAUGUUAGAAAUAUGGUUGUAAUCUGGAUCCCAGAACAACCAGAGAGGCAUGUGAGUCCAGCUGAGAAGAAGCAUAUUCUUCCCAGCCAGGACUGGAUGAAGAAAAGAACGAAAUCUACAGGGAAAGACAGUUUUCGCUAUGGAAAGCAGAAAACAGAAACACAGCUGGGACCUCCAGGGAUGAUUGUGCCUCCUCCCCCAUCACCAGUACACUUUUUUGAGCAACUAAACGCAGAGUCCAUACCUUUCUGGAACCAAUUUGACACGUUACCUCGGGAUCUACUGAAGGACCUCUUACCUGAUGAAGGGAAAACCAUGCCUUCUCUGGAGAUGAAGACACAAUUGGCCAUGAUGAAGAGGAAAGCUCCCCUGGAAAAGAGCCGACCUGACAGUGCCAUUUCCGCUAAGAUGUUCUUAUCCAUACACCGUCUCACCCUGCAGAGACCAGCAUUGAGAUAUCCUAAACAUUUGAAGAAAUUAUAUUACACCCCGAACAUAGAAGGUCACAAGAAGCAGCAGCAGAGGAAGGUGAAAACCCCACCGAAGAGACAGGAGGCUAAAAAGAAAUCCAAGAGUGAUCCGGGGAGCCAGGACAUUUUGCAUAAAUGUUCGGGUGCCAUGGUGUGUGGCCCACGCUAUGGUCACAGAACUCUACUAAGUCAGAAAACUGACAAAAAGCAUCCACAGUGGACAAAGUCAGAAGGACCCAACUUGGAAAAGGAUUCCACAAGGAGGCCACAGAUGGAAUACUCUGAGAAUUAUCUGGAUUCCUUUCCUGAUAAGGGUGAUCCUGAGUUAUCCAAGAUAGAACCCUCUAACAAGGACAUCAGCACUCAGGAAGAGGUUGUGCCGGAAUCCCAAGAGAGGAGCUCAGAGGACCUCUCAGACGAUACAUCUAGAAGAGGGUGGAACCCGGAGCUCAAACUCCUGAGGAUUCUUCAGGCCACUGAUGAUGAGGAUGAGGAGAACCAGCUCUCUGGGUCACAGAGUGAAGAGUCUUACGGGAUUUCACAGGACAGCCUUACUCCAGAGCAGGAUGCUUGGAAUCCCAAGGACAGUGACCUUGGACAUAACGACAGAAAGGAGAGGGGACUUCUGCUCCCGGGAGCCUUUACCCGGGCCUGACUGUAGGAAUUCUGCUUUCUUCAUUCACUUCUCCUUACCUCUAAAAUCAGUGAGGGAGAAAAAGCCUCCCCCUUCUUAAACUGAGAUUGUUUCUCUUUCAUUAGGGACAGAAUAAUUUUAGUGAUUAAACACAA